GGGGAGUUAUGACAGAAGACAGUCCAAGAAUAACCAAGACUUCUGAAACUGUCAAGUUUGCUACAGCAAGCAUCAGAAUUGUUACUGUCAAAAUUUUUUUUUAAAUUUGUUAGACAAAAUUUACGAACUAACAGAAUUUUAUUCUUUUAAAAUUUCGAAAUAGACUUAUAAUAAGACGGAAAUGGUAAAUUAAGUACAGGUAAAAAUUUGUAAAAAAAGCUGAUUUCAAAACCGUACAUUAUUUAUUAUCUGUAGCAAAAAAACGGCAUCAUUAAUAGAAAACAUUAUAGAAAACAAGUGCAUUGAGUAUUAUUUAAAAAGGAAGAAUAAAAAAAGGAUAUAGCGACAAUUAACGAGAAAGCAUGGCUGAUGAAAGAGGAAGUAGUCUAAGUAUCACCUCAAGGUGGAAAGGAUAUUUAAAUGAGACUCCUUUCUUUUGCAAAAUUAUUGAACUACUUUUUUGCGUGAUUGCUAUAGGAUUAAUCAUUGAUCCGUUCAACGAUCGAAUGCAGGCAAAUUUAAAUCACGCUGGAGUCAUUUAUGUGGCAAUUUGUGGCUAUAUCAUGAUUAAUGCGAUUCUUAUAUUCUGCUAUUUGUUAGGAGAAAAACUUAGCAAAAAAACUGCGCUUUUUUUCUCUCGAAUCGGGGCGAUAAUGACUUUUGCGGCUGGAGUUAUUCUUAUUUAUGAUCAACAAAAUUUUCAGAAUAAUUAUAUUUCAAAAUAUCAUGAACAGUAUUUAAAACAAAUGCUUGCAAGUGGAAUUUUUGCAAUCUUGGCUUCGAUUGUUUUUGUUAUUGAAAAUUAUUUUAUUUAUAACUACGAGUAAAAUAUGAUCAUCACAGAGUAUAAUAUUAUGUUAUAAAUGAAAUAUUUUUCUUUGUUUUAGUUUAUUCGAAUCAAUGUAACCGUUUUUUUUUAAUAUACUUGUAUUACUCUUUAAUUUC